AUCAUGGCCGAGAGCAGGACUGUACUCGCUUUUACUGUUGCACUGAUUCUGGCGGUUGCAGCUCAUGAUCAUGCAGGCAAGAGACACGGGCUGCCCCAAAUUAUGAGGGACUUGGACAAAUGCUGUGAGGCACCCAUGCCUUUGUGCCAUAGCAACUUUGAAGGGUGCAAAAUGAAGCAUAAGUCAGCUGGGGGUGAGCGUACGCCUCCGACACCCUACCAGCGGAUGUGCAUGAUGGAAUGCGCUUUCAAAAACUUCAACUACUCCAGUGGCGGAAAUAUCGACGUGGAAGCAAUGAAAGCGGCCUUUGUAAAUUCAGUCAACUCAACCUGGCAGACCCGAGCGCGCGAAAGCGUUGAUUUCUGCGUGAAUGAGUUGAAAACGAAGUUCCAAAGUUCGGCUGUACCUGCCCCUCCAAUUGGGGAGAAGGUGUGCGACGCGACGCCCGGCUUCCUCAUGAUCUGCAUGCACGUGAGGUACUACGCUACAUGCUCUCCUGACAUAAACACAUCGGCUUGUGCUUCCAACCUUGAAAAACUCGUCAAAAUGGAUUAUAUGGAUCUUUUACUGAAUGGCGACAGUGCUGCGUCGAAAUGAUUCUAGACCAUUUCUAAGAGUUAUCCUUCAAGCGACGUUGAAGUGAUUGUGUUCCGGAAAAAAAUUAUACAAAAAGUUAAUAAAAUUUUCUAGUUGAUUCUGUUGGAAAUAAACACAUAUUGA